GAACUCUGUGUUAUCUCUUCACAAAAUUUAUGUUUUUUUAUUAAUGUGUAAGAAGUAGUCACCUUCUUCUUGCUUCUUCUGCUCCACUGAGCACAGAGUGAGCACAGAGUGAGCACAGAGUGAGUACAGAGUGAGUACAGAGUGAGUGUACAAAACUACCAACUUGCAGGUUAAUAGAGCUGAAAGACAACAAUACACUCGUCCCUUACAAAUUUCUCAUACAAUCCAUGAUUGUCUUACACCCUUUUGCUUUCGUCCCUUCUUGUACCACCAUUACAUGCUCAAAACCUUUUUCUCAUGACAAUCACUUUGUGCCAUCUUCAAUGGCUCUCCGGAUAUUCCCGAAUAAUGCCAGGACAAGAACAUUCUUAUGUAGUGCUAGUAGUCAGCCGAUGGAUUUGAAUGGUAUGGAUUUCAAUAUAGACGUCAUUAAGGAAGAUUUGGAGCUUCGGGGUGAUGGCGAAGGUGGGUUUUUGGGUCAAGGUUUGUAUGGAAGAAGUGAUGAAAAUGACAUUGUUGAAAAAGCAGCACAGGAAGGUGAAGAUGAUGAUUCUGGAUAUUCAGAUCGAGGAUCAUAUACAGGUAGGCCAGAGAAGGAUUAUGAUAAAGAUCCAGAACUCGGUAACAUUCUGGGGAAUUUUCUGGAGAAUCCCCAAGAGGCACAAUCCCAGUUGGAAGAUAGAUUAAGAAAGAAGAGGCACAAAGUACUGCACACAAAGACUGGAUCUGGUAAACCAAUGAAAGUGUCAUUUAACAAAUUUGAUUUUUCAAACUCAUUCAUAUGGUUUGAAUUCUACAAUGUUCCAUUGGCCAAAGACAUUUCCUUAAUUUGUGAUACAAUUCGAUCAUGGCACAUUAUUGGGCGUCUUGGUGGAUGCAAUGCCAUGAAUAUGCAACUUUCACAGUCUCCAUUGGAUGCACGACCAAGUUAUGAUUAUAUUCAAGGAGCAAAUGUUGAACCAACUACAUUUUACAACAUAGGGAAUCUUGAGGUGCAAGACAACUUGGCUCGAAUAUGGGUGGAUAUUGGAACUGUUGAACCUUUGCUUCUGGAUGUUUUGAUAAAUGCUUUGACACAGAUAAGCUCCGAUUUUGUUGGGAUCAAGCAAGUAAUGUUUGGUGGAGCAGAAUUUGAGAGUUGGAAUGAGGAUUUGAAAUCAGAGGAGGCAGGUUAUGGUGUUCACAAAAUCUAGCCAUUUUUUAAGGCAUAUGAGCAUUUUGAAAUUGUCUGACAAAUUUCUGCAACUGCAAUUUUAAAUACAAUUAUAAACACAAGUCAUUUUAAUGUGAUUGAAUCUCAAUGCUU